AUGAGACAACGCGACUUCUGCACGUUAGGCCUGGGUCUCGGAAGUUUGCUCUUCUCGAUCUUGACGCUCGUCGCCGGCUGCAGAAAAGGAACACUUAACGAUUACGCAAUAGCUGCAUACUCCUAUGACCUCACCGACGGAGUGGUCUACCCACCAUUAAAUUCAACCAACUCAUCCAUACCUUACGACGUAGGUCCGUACGCAGGAUUGAUAGGCGAUGACACCCAUUGGCGGUUCUUCACCGUCCAUUUCCUUUCUAUUUGCGGCGGCUACGUUGGAGGGACCGAGGAUCCUGAAUAUGGGUUCCUGAAGUGGGAACGAAGAGCCGCGGGAUGGAGGUUCAGGACGGAUGAUCCGUUCAUUGUCAACUUCUUGAGCUUUGAUGGGAGAUUUCCUGUCAACAGUACAGUCCCCUGGAUCCAUCAUUUCGAGGCCGUUGCCUGGACUGCUGUUGCGUUUAUCUAUGUGGCAUUCAUCUGGAAGCUUUCAGAUUUUAUGUUUCAAAAGGAGAAAAGAAGACGUCUCUUGACAACUGGUCAGAUUUAG